UCACCGGCCAACGUCUUUUCACAUACAAACAACGUGACUGCUGACGGAUAAUAUCUGAGUUCAUUAGCUUGUAGUGGCUGACCAUGCCUGUAACGUCUCGGCUCUAUGGCUCCAGCUGGGGCCGUAUUUGAAAAUAUCGACAUGACAGGAGCAGGCGCACCGCAGACAGCUAUUUCACAUUUCCAUAUAGGUCGACAAUAAGCUCUGAGGCUUCAUGACUUCAUGUGAUUUGUGCUGUUGGGUGUAGUUCUGUUACUGUAUCCUCCUGUGAUCUCCCGCUGCCGCUGCUGGCUCUUCCAGGCAAGAUGAAUGUGAUAGAUCAUGUCCGGGACAUGGCUGCUGCCGGGCUACACUCCAAUGUCCGCUUACUGAGCAGCCUCCUGCUGACUAUGAGCAACAACAACCCGGAGAUGUUUUCCCCAUCACAAAAGUACCAGCUGCUGGUAUACCAUGCAGACUCUCUCUUUCACGAUAAAGAGUAUCGGAAUGCUGUCAGCAAGUACACCAUGGCUCUCCAGCAGAAGAAAUCUUUAACCAAGACCUCUAAAGUCAGACCCUCCACAGGAAAUGCUACUCCUACGCCACAAAAUCAGAGCCUCCCAUCCGAGAUUGAAGUAAAAUACAAAAUGGCAGAGUGCUAUACAAUGCUUAAACAGGACAAAGAUGCUGUUGCCAUAUUAGAUGGAAUUCCUUCCCGACAAAGAACCCCAAAGAUUAACAUGAUGUUAGCCAAUUUGUACAAAAAGGCUGGGCAGGAACGUUCAGCUGUGACCAGUUACAAGGAGGUGUUGAGGCAAUGUCCACUUGCACUCGAUGCCAUUUUAGGUUUGCUGUCCCUCUCUGUAAAAGGUGCAGAAGUAGCAUCUAUGACUUUGAAUGUUAUUCAGAGUAUUCCCAACCUGGAUUGGCUUUCGGCCUGGAUCAAAGCUUAUGCGUUUAUACACACUGGGGACAACACAAGAGCAAUUAAUACAAUCUGUUCUCUGGAAAAGAAAUCUUUGCUGAGAGACAAUGUGGACCUACUGGGAAGUUUAGCAGAUCUCUAUUUUCGAGUAGGUGAUAAUAAAAAUGCCAUCCUGAAAUUUGAGCAAGCUCAGAUGCUGGACCCUUAUCUGAUUAAAGGAAUGGAUAUAUAUGGAUACUUGCUGGCUCGAGAAGGGCGGUUGGAGGAUGUAGAGAGUCUUGGCUGUAGAUUAUUCAACAUAUCUGAUCAGCAUGCGGAGCCAUGGGUGGUUUCCGGGUGUCACAGCUUCUACACUAAGAGACACUCCAGAGCUCUAUAUUUGGGAGCCAAAGCAAUUCAGCUCAACAGCAACAGUGUGCAGGCUCUGUUACUGAAGGGGGCAGCACUGAGAAACAUGGGUAGAGUGCAAGAGGCAAUCAUUCAUUUCCGUGAAGCAAUCCGAUUAGCUCCCUGUCGGCUGGACUGCUGUGAAGGGCUCAUUGAGUGUUAUCUGGCAUCCAACAGUGUCCGGGAAGCUAUGGUAAUGGCCAACAAUGUCUACAAAACUCUGGGAACAAAUGCUCAGACUCUGACUCUGCUGGCAACAGUCUGCCUGGAAGACCCAGUAACUCAAGAAAAGGCAAAAACACUUCUUGACAAAGCUCUUUUACAAAGGCCGGAUUAUAUAAAGGCUGUGGUGAAAAAAGCAGAGCUGCUCAGUCGAGAACAGAAAUAUGAAGAUGGCAUAGCCCUACUGCGAAGUACUCUAGCAAAUCAAAGUGACUGUGUCUUGCAUCGGAUGCUAGGUGAUUUCCUUGUGGCUGUGAAUGAAUUUCAGGAAGCCAUGGACCAGUACAGUAUCGCCCUCAGCUUGGACCCCAAUGAUCAGAAAUCCCUGGAGGGAAUGCAGAAAAUGGAGAAAGAAGAGAGUCCUACGGAUGCCACUCAGGAAGAAGAUGUGGAUGACAUGGAGGGCAGUGGAGAAGAAGGAGACCUGGAAGGCAGUGAUAGUGAAGCUGCCCAAUGGGCAGAUCAGGAACAGUGGUUUGGAAUGCAGUAAAGUAACUGAUGUGGGAAACUGUAUUCUCUUUUAUAAUGUACAGCGCUUGCUCAAAUAACAUCAGGAGUCAGCUGAUCACAUCUGCAGAACCUUGUGCUGUAGAAAUAUCAACCAUUGUUGUUUUCCUUCCUGCUUGUCCCAUCACAUUCUGUGUAGUAUGCUGCAGUAUUGUGUGCUCUGUUUUCUUUUGUUAUUUUUUGUUUUACUUUUUUUGCAGCAAAUUCCAUUGGCUACUAUUGUCCUGUAACAAAAAUUCCUCCAACAGGAACUUCAGAAAACUGGUCCCUCACCUAUAUUCUGAUCAUGUAUGACUUGUGAGUCUCCAGAUUGAUGGCUAUUUCUGGGAGCAGCAGUGGUUGGGGUGCAAUGUAGUUGGCAGCCUGCAACUCUGGGUGUAUCAUUUUACUUAUUGAAAAGAGUAGUCUUUAAAAUACAUGCAUCCCAGCAGAUGUGGUUUUUGUGAGAUAAAUGUAUUUUGUGUGUCUGUGCCUAUUUUUUGUAGGGUUUUUUUUUCCACAUUUAUAUACAACACUUUUUUUUGCUUGCCAGACCAGACCUUUAACUAAUCAUUUUGAUGAAAUACAUAAUCAUGUGUAUAGUCAGUCUUAAAAUUGAAAAGAACAAGAAUUGUGAGUUUGUAUACAAUGUAUACUAAACCUGCUGUACACCAUGAAGUUGCUUUUCUAUUAAAUAAAAGAAAACAUUUUUAA